UUUUUUUUCUAAAUUUAAAGCUAAGUAUUUUGAUAUAUGGAAUCUCAAAGAACAAGUUUCGGGGAAGAAUUAAAGGAAAGUCGAAGUUUAAAUAUGAAAAUAUGUAUUGUAAAUAAUGGUAUAAAAUGGUUAGAUGAUCUCCAGUCGUUUUAUAGAGAACGGUCAAUUAUAGAGAAAGAAUAUUCUCUUAAGCUUGCUUCAUUAUCAAGAAAAUAUCAUGAAAAAAAAGGGAAAAGAUCUACAAGCUUGUCGGUAGGAGAUAAUCCUAAAAUGACACCUGGUUCGUUAGAAUCUGCAUCUGUUACUACAUGGGAAAAUAUAUUAAAUCAUACGGAAAAUUUGGCUAAGGAACGACAAAUAUUUUCAGAAGAACUUCAGACACAAGUGGUGGAUAAACUUAAGGCGUUAGCAAUUAAGUCAGAUGAUUUAAGAAAGAAGCAUGUUGUUUUUUCAGAAAGGCUUUUAGAGGAAAGAGAAAGGAUAUAUAUGGAAUUAAAAAAGAUGAAAUUAAAAUACGAUGAACAUUGUCAUUUAGUUGAAAAUUCUCGUCAAAAACAUGAAAAAUCAAGUGAAGAAAAUAAGACAAAAGCAAAAAAAAUAUAUAAUCAGAAUAUUCUUAAUAUGAAUAAUGCCAAGAAUAAUUAUAUUAUUGCAAUUCAUGUGGCCAAUGCACAUAAAAAUAAGUAUUUCUUUUCAGAUAUUCCUGAUAUUUUAGAUAGUAUGCAGGAUAUAAAUGAGUUACGUAUUCAAAGUAUGAAUUCCAUAUGGACUACUGCUGCCCAUCUUGAAAUUUCUACUUUCAGUAAAUGUAAAAAUCAUCUUAAUGAUCUUAUUAAAUUUGUGGGGAAAAAUGAUCCAAUUCUUGAUUCCACUAUGUUUGUACACCAUAAUGUGAGUUCCUGGCAUGAACCACCCGAUUUUGUAUUUGAACCAUGUUCUAUUUGGCAUGACUCGGAUCAAAUGAUAGCAGAUGAUCAUUCUAUAAUUUUUUUAAAAAAUAAAGCACUUAGAUCUCGUAUAAAACUAUUACAAUUACAAGAAAACGUAGAUACAAAAAAACGGGAAAUCAAUGGUUUACAAAAUCUUAGAGAAGUUUAUUCAAAAAAUCCUAAUCUAGGAAGCCAAGAUGAAGUUACAAAUAAUCUUCUUGAUGCACGGAGAGAAGUGGCUUUUAUGGAUAAUCGGAGAUUAACACUUGAAAUAGAAGUUAAUAUCAUUUCUAAUAUUAUAGGAGAAAUUGAUACCAAUAUAUUAUUACAUGAUUUUAAACCUUCUUCUUUUACAAUUCCUACGAAUUGCGAUUGUUGUCAUUCUACUAUUUGGGGAUUAACACGUCAAGGAUUAACAUGCAAAUUUUGUAACUAUAAUUGCCAUUUUAAAUGCGAGAUGAAAGUUUCAAUAAGCUGCCCAGGAAAAAAGGAAGGGAAAAAAACAAGAAAAACGAAAGAAGUUUUAGAAUCGCAAAAUUUUGGAAAAAAUACAUCAUCAUCUUUAUCUCCAUCUUUUAAAAAUAUUGAUUUAGAUAAAUCAUCUUCUCAUGAAAAAAUCCCCUCGCAUAGUCCUUUAAAAACAACAAUGUUGAUGAACCAAUCUCAUAUUUCAUUAUCAUCUUCUUCCGAAAAACAAAUAGCUAAAGUUCUUUAUAAUUAUGUUUCUGGUAGUAAUACUGAACUUAGCGUAAAAGAGGGUGACGAAAUUAUCGUUUUGGAAAAAGACGAUGGUUCUGGAUGGAUUACUGCUCGUCUUGGAUCACAAGAAGGAAUUGUUCCAACUACUUAUGUAAAAAUGUUGAAUUCACAGGGUUUUAUAUCAAAUGAAAGUGUAUCUUCUACACUUGUUAAACCAGAAAAAAAAUCAGGACCCGCUGUUGUUCCAAGACGAGCAAAAAAAAAAGAAAUAUAUGUAAAAGCUUUAUAUAAUUAUGAUGCAGUUUCAGAUUUUGAAAUAUCCAUUAAAAGAGGCGAUUUAAUUAAAUUAAUAAAAAGCGAUCAAGGAGAUGGAUGGAAUGAAGGUUUUACAUCAACAUUAACAAAUUAUAAAGAUUAA